UUCGGACCCGCCAUGGCCUCUGUAUCCGAGCUCGCCUGCAUCUACUCCGCCCUCAUCCUCCACGACGACGAAGUCACCGUCACGGAGGACAAAAUCAACGCCCUGAUCAAAGCAGCAGGAGUCAAUGUCGAACCCUUCUGGCCUGGCCUCUUUGCAAAGGCCUUGGCCAAUAUUGACAUUGGAAGCCUCAUCUGCAACGUAGGAGUCGGCGGUGGGGCCCCGGCUGCUGCGGCCCCUGCAGGUGGAGGGGCCCCAGCUGGCGGUGCUGCUCCUGCUGAGGAAAAGAAAGAGGAAGAGAAAAAAGAAGAGUCGGAAGAAUCUGAUGACGACAUGGGUUUUGGUCUCUUUGACUAAGCCAGCUUUUGUACUCUAAUAAAAUACAAAAGUGUAAAUAAAA